AUGGCGAACCUCGAGCCGGUGGAGAAGACCGCGGUCGUGUCGGACUCGACCGGCGCCGAUGCGGCGUCAGCAAUUCGGGCGCGGCCGACUCGCUCCAGUUCGGCGCAGCUCGCCUUGGAGCCCACCGCGCUCUUAAAUCGCCUCGAGACCAUGCUCCUCGGCAACCAUCCCGUCCCCGCACCCUCCAACGAGGUCAGCAUCGUCGGCGAGGUCACCAACGGCAUCAUCAUCGCCGCGAAAGCUGCCGUAAACACGCUCUUUUUGUCGCAGCGGCGCGGCGCGCUGAUGGCUCUCCAGAUAAAGAACCUGAAGAAGGCUGCGCUGGCGUACCUUGUGUGGGACCUACGCGGCGAGCUGGCGGGCGCGCGACUCGAGCAGGCGGUCGUGUACGGCAAGCGGCUCGAGACACACGCGAGCGGCGACGUGCCGACGCCAGAGGAGCCCGCGGUCGAGGAGGAGCCGGCGGUCGAGGACCUGCCUGCCAGCGACUCCCGUCCCGACGACGCGUCUUCGGACAGCGAUCGGGAAAGCGUCUUCGAACGCCGGGUGACCCGUCGGAUGAUCGACGCCGGCCUGAACGAGGCGCAAUUCGAUGAUAUGCGGGACGUUUACGGGAUUCAGCUCGCCCACGAGGACAAGUGCCACGAGUGUGCCAUUCUGCAGGCUCGGGCAGCCUGCUUCGAGAAACUGUAUUACAGCUGCAAGGCGAAGCUCCUCCCGUACCUCGAGCGCGACUGGGUGCCACUGGAGGAGGCAUUCCAGCGGCUCGACCUUGUAGCUGCUCGGGAACGCUCGGGCACUUGCGCCAUCCUUGAUGUGUUCGAGCUCGUUGAGACCGAGAUCGUCGAGCCAGCUCGCCAUCGGGGCCCGAAAAAGCAGAUCCCAGAUAACAUAUCGCGUCACGGCGCAAUGUAG